AUGUAUUUUAUCUAUAUCUAUCUAUCUUUUUUUUUUUUAUCUAUCUAUCUUUCUAUCUAUUCAUCUAUCUAUCUAUCUAUCUAUCUAUCUAUCUAUCUUUUAAGUAUGUCUAUCUAUCUAUCUAUCUAUCUAAACAUUUUUAAAUUUCUAUCUUAUCUAUCUAUCUAUCUAUCUAUCUAUCGUUUAUAUCUUUUUAUUCAUAUCUAUCUAUCAUUUUUAAUUCUAUCUAUCUAUCUAUCUUUUUAUCUAUCUUUCUAUCAUCUUUAUGUCAUUUUUAUCUAUCUAUCUAAACAUUUUUUUAAUUAUCUAUCUAUCUAUCUAUUAUAUCUAUCUUCUAUCUAUCAUCUAUCUUUUUAUUCAUAUAUCUAUCUAAACAUUCCUUCUAUCUAUCUAUCUAUCUAUCUAUCUAUCUAUCUUUUAUGUUUUUUUAUUCAUAUCUAUCUAUCUAAAACAUUUUUUAAUUCUAUCUAUCUAUCUAUCUAUCUAUCUUCUAUCUUUUUAUUCAUAUCUAUCUAUCUUUCAUUUUUAAUGUAUCUAUCUAUCAUAUCUAUCUAUCUUUUAUGUUUUUUAUUCAUAUCUAUCUAUCUAAACAUUUUUAAUUUCCUAUCUAUCUAUCUAUCUAUCUAUCUAUCUAUCUAUCUUUCUAUCUAUCUAUCUAUAAACAUUUUUUCAAUUCUAUCUAUCUAUCUAUCUAUCUAUCUAUCAUUUUAUCUAUGCAUAUCUAAUCUAUAUUCUUUUAUUCAUAUCUAUCUAUCUAAUCUAUCUAUUUAUCUAUCUAUCUAUCUAUCUCUAUCUAUCUAUCUUUGUAACAUCUUUCUAUCUAUCUAUCUAUCUAUCUUAAACUUUUUUAUCUAUCUAUUUUAUUCAUAUCUAUCUAUCUAUCUAUUUCUAAAAUUCCUAUCAUCUAUCUAUCUAUCUAUCUAUCUAUUUUUUGUAAGUAUGUUUUUUUUAUUCAUAUCUAUCUAUCUAAACCUUUUUAAUUCUUAUCUAUCUAUCUAUCUAUCUAUCUAUCUAUCUAUCUAUCUUUCUAAGUAUGUUUUUUAUUCAUAUCUAUCUAUCUAA